AUUUAUUUAUUUGUUCAAUUAUCAGAGGUUAACCUCAUUUCAUUUUUAAAUAGUGAAAUACAGGCCUGAAGUACCCCUUUGUGAAGCUUGGGAUUUGGAAUCAGAGGCUUCUAGAGAUGGAAAGGAGUCUUAGGAAUUCACAUUUUUAAAGGAGGAUCUAGUACCCAAAGGAGUUGAAUGUCUUAGCUAUGGUCACUCAGUCCUCUGGUUGGGAGACAAGGCUUCCAUCUUCUAGGCUAGUAUUCUCAGUCUUUAACCUGGCCUAAGUUUCAAGAAAGUGCAGAGGCUAGGCUUUGGUAUAAUCAUCUAUACUAAGCAUCAUCAAGUAUUUUAGCCAACAACAAAAAUAAUCAAGAUAAAAUAAAAUUAAUUUUUUUGGCUUAUAGUUUCUAAGUGAUCACCAGCAUCUCAUAGCUAUUUAUUUGACAAAGAAUUUGAUCCAACUAAUGCCAUGUACUGUCAAGGUGAGCAAGACACAGUAGUGUAGACAUGUACAAAGAUCUAGGGUGCUAUAGAAAUGUGUAAAACAGUGGUUCUCAGCUGAGGGGGUAAUUCCAACCCCUACCCCCAGAAGACAUGUUGGCAAUGUCUGGAGACCUUUUUUCAUGACUAUGGUGGCGGGUGGUACUGGCAUCUAGUGUGUAGAGGCCAGGGAUGCUGCUAAACAACCUAAAAUUCACAGGGCACCCCCCCCCCAUAAAGACUUAGCUAAUCAAAAAUAUCAAUAGUGUUGAGGUUGGGAACUCUGGUAUGGAGCCAGAAAUAUUUUCUACAAGGGUCAGGGGAGUGGGCAAAGCCUGGUGGAAGGGUGGUCACAGAAGAGUUUGAUAAAGUGAUAAUGACUGGGGCAUAGGGGUGGAGAGACCCUCAGUAGAAGGGAUAGCAUGUGCAAAGCUGCAGAAGCAUGACACAUUUGGGCAACUCCAAACACUGGGAAAAGCGUUGUGGGUAUUAAGGCUGAACAGCUAGGUAAAAGCUAGACAUUCAAGAAAAUAUAUUGAGUUAGAGGAAUCACUGUAGGAAAAAGUGGUUCUAUGAUGGCUCUUUAUAGGUCACUCAGGAGCGCAGUGCUGCUGGUGUGUAUCUCUGCAAGCUAAAACUGCUGAAGAAAGCUGUAUGAAAUAAAGCUUUUCUUAUCCUGCUUCCUUAGAACCUGGGAUUUUUUCCAGGCCUGUGUUUCUUUCUAAGAGAUAGAGUUGGGGCUAUUUCAAUGAAAUGCGAGAGGUGUACUAGCUCGAUAUUAAAGCCACACAGCUGGCAUCUUAAUGCUGUUGAUGGGAUCAUAAGCAGGGUUAAGGUAGUCAUUUAUCAUGCAUUAAGCUUAUAGGUUGAUGAUGGUGUUUAUUUCCUCUUUCAUAGAGCAGCCUAGUCCAUAAAUGGGGAUCUGUAAACCUUAAGAUUAGACUCCUACCACCCCCUCGAAUCUAAAUAAACUGCCCUCUUCCCCUCCAAAUAAAAAAAGUGGGCAGGUCAGCUAUUCCAAUCAGGGUUUCUCUUUUUCUUAAGCAAAUAAUGAUCAAAGCAACUGACAAACUGUCACGGAAUCUGUCAGAUCUCAGUCUGGUCUUGCCCCUUCUCUCCAGCUCCUGAACUUUUCUUCCUUCUGUCAUGCUCUCAGCCCAUUCCUAGCAAACUAACCAGUCCCCGCCUCCUGGUCUGCAGCCAUGCUGGGCCUACUGAGCACUGAUCCAAGUGUCCACUUCUGCCCUCUCAUGGCCUGAUGACCGAGCUUCACAAAGGUAUCCUCCAACCUCUCCUCCAACAUUGAACCAGGCAACUAUGUUAAAAUGAAUGAUACAAUCAUCCAGCUACCCUCCAAAGCAGCUAUACAAGAUAUUACUAUGGAGCUACACUGUCCACUGUGCCAUGAUUGGUUCCGAGAUCCACUGAUGUUAAGCUGCGGCCACAACUUCUGCCAAGCCUGUAUCCAAAAUUUUUGGAAGCAGCAAACAAAGGAAACAUUCUGUCCUGAGUGUAAGAUGCUAUGUCAAUAUAGCAACUGUACAUUCAACCUUGUACUUGAGAAACUGGUAGAGAAGAUUAAGAAGCUACCCUUACUCAAGGGCCAUCCACAGUGCCCAGAGCAUGGAGAGAAUCUGAAACUGUUCAGUAAGCCUGAUGGGAAACUGAUCUGCUUUCAAUGCAAGGAUGCUCGGUUGCCUGAGGGACAUUCUAAGGAGUUCCUGCAAAUCUCUGAUGCUGUCCGCUUCUUCAUGGAGCAUCUUACCAUCCAACAGGAUCAACUAGAGACAAUCUUGAGGGAGCUUCAGUCCCUGAAGAACAUGCAGAAGGAUAUUAUUGCUGAUUUCAAGGAAAACAAGCUACAUCUGCAGCAACAUGUAUCCUUGGAGUUUCUAAAGCUGCAUCAGUUCCUGCACAACAAAGAAAAGGACAUUUUAAGCGAGCUCCGGGAAGAGGGGAAAGCCAUGAAUGAAGAGAUGGAGCUAAAUAUGAACAAGCUUGAGGAGCAGGGUCUCCUAGCCAAGGACUUGUUGGAGAGCAUUCAGACACGGAUGGAAGAGCAGAACUCUUUCGACUUUCUCAAAGACAUCGCAACUUUGUUGGAUAGGUUGGAGCAAGGAAUGAAGAUAUUGGCACCCAGAGAGAUCAUCUCCAGAAAGCUGAACCUGGGCCAGUUCAAAGGUCCCAUCCAGUACAUGAAGUGGAGGGAAAUGCAGUCCACUGUCUCUCCAGGCUUAUCUCCACUAACUCUGGACCUAAACAGCUCACCAAAUUUGGUCUCUCUAAAAAACCGAACCAGUGUGUGGCAUGGUGACGUUAAGCAGGUACUGCCCGAUGAUCCAGAGAGGUUUGACUCAAUGUGGGCUGUGCUGGGCUCAAAAGGAUUCACAUCUGGAAAGUUGUAUUGGGAAGUAGAAGUAGCAAAGAAGACAAAAUGGACCCUCGGUGUCAGAGAAUCCAUCAUUCGAAAGGGCAGCUCUCCUCUAACUCCUGGGCGAUUCUGGCUUUUAAGACAGAACCCAACUGAUUUAAAGGCUCUGGAUUUGCCUUCUUGUAGUCUGAAACUGGAUGGACAAACUCAACAGGGUGGGCAACUUGGAUACGAAGGAGGGCAAGUGUCCUUCUACAAUGCUAAAACCAUGAUCCACAUUUAUACCUUCAUUAGCACUUUCACGGAGAAACUUUAUCCCUACUUCUGCCCCUGUCUUAACGAUGGUGGAGAGAAUAAAGAACCACUGCACAUCUUACAGUCAUAGUAAUUAGUAUACUAUUGUAUAAAUUCAGAGUGAUAUUAAAGCGGUAUUGAAAUA